AUGGGUCUUCGAUUUUCUUCUUUUCUAUCUUAUUCAGCAGCUUCUUCCAGUCCCACUCUCGGUGAUUUACCGGAGAGUUGCGUCGCUUCCAUUAUCGGUUACAUGGAUCCUCCUCAGAUCUGUCAACUUGCAACAUUGAAUCGAGCUUUUAACGCUGCUUCUUCUGCUGAUUUUGUUUGGGAAUCGAAAUUGCCUUCUAAUUAUCAUCUUAUUCUCAACAAAAUCUUUAAUCAUUUUCCGGUUGGUUUGGGUAAAUGUGAUAUUUACGUUUCCCUUUGUCGCCUCAAUGAUCUUGACAAAGGCACCAAGAAAGUUUGGCUUGAUAGAGGGAGUGGUAAGCUUUGUUUGGCUAUUUCAGCUAACAAGGGACUAUCGAUAACUAGGGUUGAUGAUAGGAGAUAUUGGAAUCAUAUUCUUACUGAAGAAUCUAGAUUCAAUACUGUUGCAUACCUUCAGCAUACCUGGUGGUUUGAAGUGGAGGGGGAAGUUGACUUCCCAUUUCCUACUGGGACAUAUAGCUUAUUCUUCAGAGUACACCUUGGGCGAGCCCACAAGAGGUUUGGACGUCGUGUCUGCAACACUGAACAUGCGAUUUCACUGUUGUGGAUGGAAAUUCAUCAACCAAAGUCAAGUUCUCUGACUCAAAUUGACUGCACUCACACUAAAGGUGGUAUCUGUUUGGAUUCUGCGUUUAUUUACCCAAGCGAAUUCAAAAAGAGCAAGGCAUUUUUAAAUUGCUUAUAA